AUGGAGGUCAGAGCUCUCUGCAUCAGUCUGAAUGCGACUUUUCUUCGUAUUGAACCAAACAGACUGCAGUUCUUUGAGUACGAGUCGAUAACUUUCUACUGCCAGGUGGACUCUUAUGAUGACAUUACAUUUAAGCUGAAGGGGAAAACACCUACAUGUGGCAGCACAGCUACAAGAACACGAAGAGAAUCCUGUUACCUGAAGAACGCUUAUGCUAGCGACAGUGGAGAGUACUGGUGUGAGGCUGGAGGGCAGAGAAGCAACAGCAUCAACAUCAUCGUAAAAGGACGAUUGAACGGCUCUGUGGUCCUGGAGAGUCCUGCUCUUCCAGUGAUGGAAGGAGAAGCUGUGACUCUGAGAUGCAGAAACAAGAUGAACUCCAGCUUGGCGGCUGAUUUCUACAAAUACGGAGUCCACAUCAACAGCAGCCCCUCAGGGAACAUGAAGAUCCACAGAGUGUCCAAGUCUGAUGAAGGACUCUACAAAUGCAGCAUCUCAGGAGGUGGAGAAUCAGCAGAGAGUCGGCUGACUGUCAGAGCUGACACACAACAAGGUUUCAACUAA